AUGCUGAACCUCAAAGAAUUGCUGCCGCAGCCUUCGGCGGCUACCGAGGAGGUAAACGCAGUCCGUACAAGCGACCCAUGGUUUAGGGGACGCGAAGAUGGGAUCCCGUCGAUGGCAGUUGUCACAAAAGAACCUCCACGCUACGGACAUCGAGUCGGCUUCAAACCAAGGACCCCAGAAGACUUUGGCGACGGCGGAGCCUUCCCGGAGGUGCACAUUGCCCAGUUCCCACUUGGAAUGGGUCUCGGUCGAGUGGAGGGCACGACGAAGACGGUCGCACUUCAGUACGACGCCGAAGGAAAGCUGCGCCACGAUGCGAUUGCCCGUGUCGGCGUCGGCAAAGACAAGAUCGUCCACACCAAGCUCUCCGACAUGAAAUCCAAGGCUUGGGAUGAGGAUGACGAAGAUUUGCAGAAACCAGACGAUGAGGAGACUCGCGCUGCCACCGAAGCUACUCGUCAAGCCCUCGAGCAACUCACCCAAACGAAGAUCUCAUCGGCUCUCCCGGUACAACACGCACAAAAAGUCGCGCCGGCUCAAUAUAUUCGGUACACACCAGCUCAACAAGGCGGAGGCCAUGCCUCGGGCGCUGGUCAGCGCAUCAUUCGCAUGGUCGAGAUGCAGAAGGAUCCGAUGGAGCCACCGAAAUUCAAAAUUAACCAAAAGAUCCCGAUGGCUCCUCCCAGUCCGCCCGCACCAGUGAUGCAUUCACCUCCCAGAAAAGUGACGCAGAAAGAAGCGGCUGAUUGGAAGAUCCCUCCCUGCAUUUCCAACUGGAAGAACCCCAAAGGGUUUACGGUCGCUCUCGACAAGCGAUUGGCCGCCGACGGACGUGGAUUGCAACAGCAACACGUCAACGAAAACUUUGCCAAGCUCUCCGAGGCGAUGUACAUUGCUGACCGCAAGGCUCGUGAAGCUGUCGACGCUCGCGCCAAUCUCGAGAAACGCGUCGCCCAGAACAAGAAGGCCGAGCAAGAAUCGAAGAUGAGGGAACUGGCUCAGAAGGCUCGAAAAGAACGCUCCGGGAUUCAAGGCGAGGCUAGCAGGGGACAUCGCGAAGAGGAUGAUGAGGAGAUUCGCAAGCGAGAGGAGAUCAGACGUGACCGCGUCGACGAAUUCCGCCGCGACCGUAACAUUGCGCGCAACAAGCCCGACAAGGCGGACAAGCUACGUCGUGAACGGGAACGCGAUAUUAGUGAGAAGAUUGCCAUCGGACUGCCCGACGCGAGAAAUCGUGGUACCGCCGGCGAGACGCAGUUCGACCAGCGUCUCUUUGAUCAAAGCAAGGGGCUCGAUUCCGGUGCGCUGGCCGACGACACGUACAAUCCCUAUGACAAGCCGUGGCGAGCCACCGACAAUAUCCAGCAACACAUCUACCGUCCAGGGAAACAUCUCGACCAGGACGUGUAUGGCGACGAUUUGGACAAGAUUGUCAGCCAGAAAAGGUUCGUCCCCGACAAGGGCUUUUCUGGAACCGAAGCCGCACCUACUCGCGGAUCCGGCCCUGUGCAGUUCGAACGUGCUGCGCCUACUGACGAUAUUCUUGGUCUCGACACGCUGUUCGCCAAGACGGGCGACAAGCGCGGAGGAGGACGUGACGAUCGUGACUCCAAGCGAUCCAAGCGCGAC